AUGAGGCUAUCCGAGGAGACGGUAAACAAGCUCCAGCUGAAUGCUUCGUGCAUUAGAAAUAUUUGUAUUUUGGCCCAUGUGGACCACGGCAAAACUUCAUUGAGUGAUUCUCUAUUAGCUACCAACGGAAUCAUCUCACAGAGAAUGGCAGGAAAAGUCAGGUAUCUAGACUCAAGAGAGGAUGAACAGCUCAGAGGUAUUACUAUGGAAUCCUCGGCGAUCUCAUUGUACUUCAAAGUUAUGCGCAGAAAGAAAGACUCAGACGAAACUGAGAUCAAAGAGCAUUUAAUCAACUUGAUUGACUCGCCCGGCCAUAUCGAUUUCUCAUCCGAAGUAUCUACCUCUUCGAGAUUAUGUGAUGGUGCCGUUGUAUUAGUCGAUGUAGUCGAGGGAGUAUGUUCUCAGACUGUUAAUGUGCUCAGACAAUGUUGGGUAGACAAGUUGAAGCCAAUGUUGGUGAUAAAUAAAAUCGAUCGUUUGAUCACAGAAUGGAAGAUGUCUCCUUUAGAAGCAUAUCAGCAUAUAUCCAGAGUUAUUGAACAGGUGAACUCUGUUAUUGGUUCAUUCUUCGCUGGUGACAGAAUGGAAGACGAUAUGAUCUGGAGAGAAAGUGGGGCCGAAGGAGAAUUCGUUGAAAAGGAUGAUGAAGAGUUGUAUUUCACUCCAGAAAAGAACAACGUAGUUUUUGCAUCUGCUGUGGAUGGCUGGGCUUUUAAUGUAAAUACUUUUGCAAAGAUUUACCUGGCCAAACUUGGCUUCUCUCAUUCAGUUUUGUCCAAGACCUUAUGGGGUGACUUUUAUUUGGACAUGAAAAACAAAAAGAUCAUUCCUGGAAGUAAAUUGAAAGCGUCUCAAGGUAAUUUGAAACCUUUAUUUGUAUCCUUGAUUCUUGAACAAAUUUGGGCUGUCUACGAAAAUUGCGUCAUUGAAAGAAACCAGGAAAAGUUGGAAAGGAUAAUUGAGAAAUUGGGUGCAAAAAUUGGCCCAAGAGAAUUGAGAUCGAAAGAUUACAAGAACUUAUUGAACUUGAUCAUGUCACAAUGGAUCCCUAUUAGUCACGCUAUUCUAGGCACAGUCAUUGAGUAUUUGCCAAGUCCAAUUGUCGCUCAACUGCAAAGAAUUGAAAAGAUCUUGGACGAAAGUAUCUACAAUGUUGUUGAAAUUGAGACUGACAAGACAAAAUUGGUUGAUGGCAACUUCGACAAGUCAAUUCGUACGUGUGAUUCAUCAGAUCCGGAGCAUCAUACAUUGGCAUACGUAUCUAAAUUGUUGUCUAUUCCAAAUGAGGAUUUGCCAAGAGUUGGUACUUCUGCUGAAUUAACUGCUGAUGAGAUAAAGGAAAGAGGCAGAAUUGCCAGAGAAUUGGCUAAGAAAGCUUCUGAGGCUGCUGCAGCUGCUCAAGGUUCUAAUACUGAUGAAUUCACUAUCGUUAAAAAGGAUCCUUUUGAAUGGGAAUUUGAAGAAGAAGACUUUGAAGAAGAAACAGAAGAAGAAGAUCUUGACGUUCAAACGGAAACAUUAGUCGGAUUCACUAGAAUUUAUUCUGGUUCUUUGUCGAAAGGACAAAAGAUUACUGUCAUUGGACCAAAGUAUGAUGCAUCCCUUCCUAAAGAUUCUGAAUCCAACAAAGAACAAAUUGCUAAAGAAGUUGAAAUUAAGGAUUUGUACUUAAUCAUGGGAAGAGAAUUGGUGCCAAUGCAUACUGUCCCCGCUGGAAAUAUUGUCGGGGUUGUUGGGCUUGAUGAAGCUGUUUUAAAGAAUGCCACUUUGUGUUCUGAAAUACUAGAUGACAAGCCGUAUAUCAACUUGGCUUCGACGUCAACAUUAAUUCACAAUAAGCCAAUUAUGAAGAUUGCGGUUGAACCAACCAAUCCUUCAAAAUUGACUAAGUUGGAAAGGGGGUUGGAUCUUUUGUCCAAAGCUGAUCCAGUUUUGGAAUGGUUCUUUGAUGAUGACUCUGGUGAGUUGAUAAUGUGUGUAGCUGGUGAACUUCACCUUGAAAGAUGUCUCAAAGAUCUACAAGAAAGAUUCGCCAAAGGUUGUGAAGUCAUUGUCAAAGAACCUGUUAUUCCAUUUAGGGAAGGCUUAGCUGAUGACAGGAAGAACACUUCUAACAUCGAUGAAAAUGACGAUGAAGAUGAAAAGAAUUCACUUGGUGUUGAUUUGGAUUUCUCAGUCUCACCUAUGCCAAACAAAAUCACACAAUUCUUGAUUGACCAUGAAUCAGAAAUACAAACUAUUCAAAAUAAGAAGCUUGCGACCGAGGAGCAAGUAGGCUUAUUCAAGAAGAAGUUCAAAUCCGUCCUUGAUGAAGAGAAGUUUUACGCAGAAUUUGAAAAUGUAGAAGAUCUAGUUAACCACUUGAUAGCAUUUGGUCCUAAGAGAAUUGGUCCUAACAUUUUUGUCGAGUCAAAGGGUAAUUCUCACAAGUUCACACACUUAUUUGGAGACAACGACUCUUUGUCAAAGUUUGAAUUCGAAAAUAACGUUCUCAACGGUGUUCAGCUUGCAUUCAACGAAGGGCCCUUGGCUUCAGAACCUUUACAGGGAGUAAUUAUCACAUUGAAGAGAAGUGAACAGAUCAUGGACGAGAAUGGCGAACCUGUUAGAGCUAUCAAUCAAGGUAGAAUCAUUGUCCAUACUCGUAACUUGAUUCACAAGGAAUUCUUAUUGAAGUCUCCAAGAUUGUUCCUUGCUAUGUACACUUGUGAUAUCCAAGCUACUUCUGAAGUCUUAGGUAAGGUUUACGCUGUUGUUCAACGUACGGGCGGUUCUAUCAUUUCUGAGGAAAUGAAGGAGGGUACUCCAUUUUUCACCAUUGAGGCCAGAAUUCCUGUUGUUGAAGCCUUUGGGUUUUCAGAAGACAUACGUAAAAAGACAUCCGGUGCUGCUAGUCCUCAGUUGGUUUUCGCCGGUUAUGACAUGUUGGAUAUAGAUCCGUAUUGGGUUCCACAUACCGAAGAAGAACUUGAGGACCUAGGCGAGUUUGCUGAAAGAGAAAAUGUGGCCAGGAGAUACAUGAACACUAUAAGAAGAAGGAAGGGCUUGUUUGUAGACGAAAAGGUUGUCAAGAACGCUGAAAAGCAGAGAACAAUGAGAAAGGAUUAG